AUGCAAACUUUUGAUUACCUUUGUGAAGAAAUAUAUGACUUGUAUCAAGAAAUGCCAAUGGAAAAUGAUAAACUUGAAUCUGCUACUACAACAACUUGUGAAGAAGAAGCAAAUAUUGAUGACCUUCAACCAAGACAAAUUUCUGAAAAUAUUCCUAAAAUAGACAUGAAAAACAGUUACCAACCAGAUCUUAAGAGAUUUCUUCAGGUAGAAUAUCAAUGA